AUGUCGCGCCCACCAUCCUACCUCGAUCCGCACUCCCCGUCCUUCGACGCGGACAAGGUGCCUGUCGAGGUGCUUGUCAAGCACCUCCUGGCCGCCAAACAGUCACUCUCAUCGAUGGCCCUCGUGGUGCGCGCGCACGACCUGGCGACCCUCGCCCGCGAGAUGUAUGAGGAGUGCGUCAUUCUCUGCGCGCAGACCGCCUUCCUACGGCGCGGCAUCGACGGGCAGCUGCGGCUGCUGCGCAAGGUGCGGCGCCAGCUGGGACAGACGUAUGACGAGAGCAAGAGACAGUUUAAGCGGUUAAUUCGGGGCUUGGAUGAUGCGAAUGCGAGGUUGGAGCAGACAUUGGCGUUGUUGAGGCUCACCAAAGUCGAUCCGAUGUUUAGGCCUCCGGGGGAAGAGCAGAAGAGUUUGCUGGAUUUUAUUGAUGAGCAGAAGGUGGAGGGGUUGAGGGAGGGGAUUAAAAGAAGUCUCGAUGAGAUGCAGGAUAUCGAAAAAUCCUUCGACAAUGACCUCCUCAGCUUCGAUCGAGAUCUCCGAGUGCUAAACCAGACCCUCGCCACUGCCCCCGACUGCAAAUCCCCCUCCAACUCCUCGGCCUACACCCCGAUGUCACAUCUCCUCUCGGCCCUGACACAGCACUCCUCUACCAUGGCGCAGCAUCUCAGCGCCCUAAACAAACACUUCGACAUGUGUGUGAAAGCCGUCCGCGCCACAGAAGGCGGCGCAGCACUCGCCCGCCGUCGCGCAGCAGAAACAGACUCCUCCCCCGGCGGAGGGCCCAUGUCCAUUUCGGGCGUGAUCACCGAGCAGGAUACCCGCAUUCCAGCCGAGAUGCUAGACCCGCUAGACCCGCAGGAACGGGCUGAGCUGGUCCAAGUCGUGAUGCAAGACGCCCCGGAAGUGGACGAAGUCGUGGCAGAAAUCCAAGCAAUUCUCCAGCAGAUGGAGGUAGAUUUCGGCGAGUUAAAACAACAGGCGGAUCGGAUUAGAGGUACUAAUCGCGCCGUGCUGGCAGCAUUUUCCGUGCUGGAAGAAGUCGGUGCCCGCUUGCCAAGUUAUGUCGAAGCCGAGGCGGAGUUUACACAACGCUGGGCCAUCGAACGAGACGUGAUUGUCUCCCAAAUGGAGGAGAUGGAUGAACUGAAGUUAUUCUACGACAGCUACGCGAGGGCGUAUGACUCCCUCAUGCUGGAAGCAGAGCGCCGCCGCAGCGUGGAAGAGAAAAUACAAGCCACGCUUCGCCGCGCACGGGAUACAGUUGACCAGCUGAUCGAGAAUGAUCGCAAGAUGAGGGAAGCUUUCAAACAAGAAGUAGGCGACGUCCUGCCUGCGGAUCUGUGGGUUGGUAUGAACGACCCGCUCAAGAGGUGGGAGCUUGUUCCUGUUGAGGGCCCGGUGAGUUCGGGCGUUGGGAUAGCGGAUGAGAACCAGAGGACGCCUGUUACGCCGACGCCCACACCGCCUAUGGGGUUGUUGGGGAGGACAGAAAACGCCAUCUCGAUUAAGGUCGCAGACGGUGCGCCCGUCAACGCAUCUACCCGCUGCCGGUCAGCUUCUCCUUCUCUUCGUUUGACCGACAUCAUUAUGGAGGGCAUCAUUAAGACUGCUAUCGCAAAUGGCAUUGAUCUUGAGCGUCCAGGCGUCGAAGUGUCGGUCCCUUCAUCAGGCGACGAAUCCCCCUUAAGAUACCAAACACCUCCAACAACGACAUCAGCCACUCACACACAGCAAAAUUCGCCCAGUUCAGAAGGCUCAAUUACCCCAACGGCAACCCCCAUCCAGGCUCCCACACUGGAACGUCCCUUCUCCCUCUACGCAAACAUUAUCCAACCCAACGGCGCCAUGCGAACCUGCCUUCGCCCACCUCUAGCACGCCAAGCACUCGAAGAGGAAGAAACACAAAUCCGCGAACUCCAAACGCGUCUUGGCUUUGUCUACAACCCCAACUGGCCUGAACCUUCCCAGCAUCAAGCAAUGUUACGUGCCGGACAAGUUGAUCUUGGAGCGAGGGCUUUGGAGGUGCACGAGUUCAAGGCCAUCGUCUCUUCUUCGGAGGCGAUGCUCGAUCAUUUGAUGACAACGCCUCCGAUGAGUCUGCAGAUAUCGGCACCAACGACCGAGUCCAAAGCCUGUUUUACCCUGCAUAGUCUAGAGACGUGGGAUAGCCAGGAACGGUACUCAUCUGAGACAUCACCGCCCACGAAGCAAGUGAGGUUGCCUCCUCUGUUUCUGUUGAGCGAUUAUCAGGAUUGGAAUACACCUGCUGCGAGGGUAUAUGGCACGGUGAAUAUUGAGUUCGACUUUCGAGCUGUGGUGGGCUACACUGGGAGGGUUGAUGUCGAGAAGAGGUUGGAGGCUGCCAUAAUUGAAGCAUGGAGGGCUUUUGGGAACGGGGUAGCCGAUUGGGGGAUUGUGAGGAAACAAGGUUAG